GUGUGGUUGCCGCCUCACUCAUUGCUUUUGGGCGACUUGUUAGGCACUCUAGCUCAGGAUCCAUUAGCGAGAAGUUGUGCUUCUGUGCACUCUCCCCCUGGCCAGGAGAGCAGAUUAAGGCAGGCUAUCAUUGUCGAACGUACAGCAUGCUGCGCCCGUUUGCGUGGUAUAUCACUGCACUGAAAAAUGCUGCUUAUGGAAUAACGAGUUGAAGCAGGACAGUAAGGCUAUGAGAUAAUGCAAUCUGAGGUGUGCUGGGUGACCAGAAGGCUGAAUGCUGGUGGGCAAAGCCAUGAACUGGGCUUUGCAGCUCACCCAUGUGUGUCAAAAUGGACACCUGCCAUCAAAUGUUCUCUUGCCAUUGACCUUUAAAGGGCCUUGCCGAUGUCUGUUAACCAAAUGGAUUCAAAGUAGGGGUAGCUGUUGUGGACCUGUCCUGCCCCCCGCCCCUGUACAUCCUGGGCCGGCCCGGGUUCUGAGGCGGGGGGUGGGGGGAGAAACCCACGAUGAAGUCCGGCAUGAGGCGGUGGAAGCUUCUGGUUGCCAUGGCUGCGUGGGCCGGGCUGUGCGUGGCGCUGUUAACCUACUACAUGGACGGCCACUCCGAUGAGCGGCACUCCUCUGCCCCGCUGUCCCACGCCGACGCCCGCCGCCUCACCUCCAUCCAGGCCGACAACCGGCCCACAGCGGCCUCGCGUCCAGAGGCCGCCAGCCCCGCCCCCGGCCCGCGCUCGUCCCGCCCCCUGGGCGGAGACGGACGCCAGGGGCCGGCGAGGGGGCCCCUGACCGCGCCGGCCAUGGCCAACUCAGGGAACGAGGCGGGGGGAGGAGGGUCGCCGCGGACGACGCGGAACAGGAAGCGCCAGGAGAACCCGAAGGAACUGGAGAUGCAGUUGUUGUCCAAGACCAAUACAGUGAUCCGCAAGCUGUGGAAGGGCGAAGGCGCCGCCCACAUGCUCAGCCCCCACCUGCAGAGGGCCAAGAUGGAGUACCUGAACGCCAACAAGCACCGCGCGGUCUACAGGGGGCGCCGCAGGACCCAUCUCCGAGGCCAGGAGCUGCUGUGUGAAAUGAAGAAGCAGGUGCAGAUCCGGGCCCUGGAUGGGACCGAGCAGCCCUUUUCCGGGCUGGGCUGGGACCGGCUGGUUCCCACCCAACCCCUGGGGCAGCUCUACAAGGCCCCGUUCCGCACAUGUGCGGUGGUCUCCUCCGCGGGGGCCAUCCUCCACUCCUCCCUGGGCAAGGAGAUUGAUUCCCAUGAUGCUGUUCUCCGCUUCAAUUCUGCGCCAACGGAGGGCUACGAGAUAGAUGUCGGUAACAAGACCACCUUGCGCAUCAUCAACUCUCAGAUCCUGGCUAAGCCCAACCACCGCUUCAACACCAGCUCCCUGUAUAAGGAUGUGGUCCUGCUGGCCUGGGACCCAGCACCGUACACUGUAAACCUGCACAAGUGGUACCGGAGCCCGGACUACGACCUGUUCCGCCCCUACGCGGAGCGCAGGCGGCGCCGCCCCGCCCAGCCCUUCUACAUCCUCCACCCCGCCUUCCUCUGGCAGCUGUGGGACUUCGUUCAGGGACACACCCAGGAGGACAUCCAGCCCAACCCGCCCUCCUCCGGCUUCAUCGGAAUAGCCGUCAUGAUGUCGCUCUGUGACGAGAUCGACGUGUACGAGUACAUCCCCUCUCUUCGGCAGACGGACCUGUGCCACUACCACGAGCGCUACUACGACUCGGCUUGCACGCUGGGCGCCUACCACCCGCUGCUGUACGAGAAGAUGCUGAUCCAGCACAUGAAUACGGGCACGGACUAUGACCUCAAGAACAAUGGUAGGGUCACGCUGACUGGGUUCAGCGCGGUCAAGUGCGACUCCUGAUCUGUCAACCCUGUCUCCAGGACUUCCUUCUGGUGGGAUGGACUGCCAGAAGAACCGCAACUAGAACCAUAGCAAUAGCCAAUCAGGGCAUUCCACGUCAUUCAGAUGAGACUAGCAGCAGCUCAACGGCUACAAUCGUAAAGACUGGGUCUGAGGGAGGGUGACAAAACAUUUUCUCGCCAUAAAGAAAGGAGUUCCAAGUAAUUUAGCAUCCUCUGAACUGAAAACACAACGGAAAACUUGGCCUGGUGCUGCCUAAGAUGCUACGAUAGCAAUAGCUCAAGUCUUAGAGCAGUGUUUGUGUGAUUUCUGGAUGUGCAUUGCAAUGAGAAAUGCUUGUUGUUCAAGUAAGUCCCAGAUUGAGCUGUUCUUUGCACAGGGAUGUCUUAUUUAGCUGUACUCGAGUCUGUAUGUCUGUGUCCAAUAGUGGCUGGCGGCGUGUGACGUUAGACUAGACACUCUAGUCAAUACUGAAUGUUAGACAGCCUUUUAUGCCCAUCCUCCUGGGAUCAGCCAUGAUGGUUUUGAUAAUCGCUAACCCUGCGGUCAUCAAAUGCCUAGAUGUGCAUUUUUCUAUGUGUCUAUUUUCUGCCUGAUGUUUUCAUUUUCUUCUAAAUGCAUUUUCUUUUUUUCGAGUGAUUUCUGCAGCCGUCUGGUCUUGUACUGUAGAUACAGCCUUAUGUACAUCCAUUUUCUACACACACACACACACACACACACACACACACAUACUCCACAAUGAUUUGAGGAGAGUCUGAAAGCAGUGCUUCCUUACUGUGGCCCAAUUAAUAUGCGACACCUGUGUGUUCUGGUUUUCAUUCUACCUGACCUCAAUGAAUUAAGUUGUACAUUUUAUUUUGAUAAAUUUUAAGUUAAAUUAUGUAUUUAUUGUCAUAUUUAAUGUUUAAUUACAACUUCCUUCUCUAUUUGCAAUGUCCAACUGAAUCACUUGACCACUGCUGGAACCCCCCUUCAUCAGUUCAGUGAAGAGUGAAGUCUCUCCAAAGUGCAUGCUGACAGUCCAUGGUUCUUUUCGCUGUCCACUGCCAGUGCUGCAGAGUCAGCACAUCCGCUGAUGAGAUACAGUCACACCCACUGACCGUGUCCCCACACUCCGUGGGUGGACUCAACUCAGUCGCCCACUGCCACUGUGAUGACUGUUGCUGGCCAGUCAUCACAGUGGGAUCUUAAAGGGAAAUUCUACAGCAAAACAACAUUAACCUCAUUGGACAAAUCAAGGUGCAACUGAUUAAGUCUCUCUUAGUGGUUGGCCAAAGCAAUCUCUGCACAGGAAUAUCAUCAACAAAAGGUGCAAAUCUGGUAGAGGUAUACAUCAUAAUGAUGUCACCUCUACCCUUUAUCAUUUUUGAAGAACUACAAUGGGUGGGUAAUUUGAAUUUAGAGAUACCGCCCCCUGACCUCCCAUACUAGGUAAAGAUGGCUUUGACCAAGCUAGCAGACGAUUGCUUGGUAUGUUCAGAAACCUAGUCUUGCCCAAAUGUUACCCUCAAAAUCAUCUGGGUGAAAGUGCCUGUUGAAACUCCUGUGCAUUCUUUAGCUGAGUCUGAGGUGCAUCUGGAGUAUAUCUAGCAUUCCCAAUUGCAGUCAGCCAUUGUCCUAACUUACCCUCAUCUCGCACUACCCAGUAAAAAUACAUUCCUUCCUUCACUGACAUUAAACCCUUGCAAUUUUCCACACUACAGUGAAGUGGCAUUUUCUGAUACCCACCCACAUGUUUUUGUUUUUGUGAGCUGUUUUAAUGGUCUAACCAGUCAAAAAAGGAAAAGAAUCUGCCUGUAACCAUACUUUUUUUUUUACAAAUUCCCUUUGAUCACUCAUGACUCUUCAUCCAUCAUCUGGACCGCAAAUAAAUAUGGUGUCUUGAGUUCCAUGUAAGGAAAAACGCUUUGCUUUUGGAUGCAUUUUCUCAGUUCAAAUGCUCUUUGUCUGUAAAAUUUAAAAAAAGCUAAGAGCAUAGCAGCUUUGCAGGAGAGAGGUGCUUAUUUUUAACAAUGCAUUAAAACUUAGUCGACUCUUCCACUUUGUUCAAAAAUAGUUAUCUAAAUGAAAUACUGUGACUUUGAGUGUAAAUAUUAAGGUAAAUAAACAUGCUAGCUAUGUGCUUACAUGUCUAUAAAUCACAGUCUGUCCUUGCGUAGUGGCUAAACUCUCAUUAAUUUUUGUAGUACAGAACAGAUCACAAUCGUUACUUGGGGUAGCUGUCAUUCUGCUUGAAAAUAACUGCCCUGCGAUGUCAGCUCAAUACCUGUAUUUAUUUAUUUGAAGCUCAAUGAUACACUGGAUCUGUCAGGCAUGUGAAAACUAGCACACACAGGACUCCUUGAGAACAGGGAAACACAUUUGCAGAGGUGUGUAGCUAUACAGUUGUACAGCAUGUGAGCUCCAAUGAGAAACACUCCCCUUCAUCACUCUGCUUCAUGACCAUAUAAAGCAAUGAGUCCCUUUAUUAGGUUUAAUCUCCAUCUGAAUGCUUGUAUGAAUUCCAUGUAAGAGUGCUUAUAAAACAUGUUAUAUCAGUUGUGUGUGUGCGUGUGCGUACGUGUAUAUACAUAUACACAAAUAUACAGAGUACGUCUCAUACAGGUAAUGACAUUGUCUAUUGGUAAACAGCCUGUGGUACUUCUAGACAUUCUUAAAAUAAGUAAGAAUGUUGACUUCAUGUAGCAUGUGCUAUAAAUCAGGCAGUUUAAUGAAAGAUUAAAUGUGCUGUGUUUCCAUAAAUUGGCUUGCUAAAGUACCAUGCGAAAGCAUACAAUGUUUAAAGCCUUACACUGUAAGCCUUAGAACUUAGUCCGUUCCUAUUUACCCUCUCAAGUACAGCACACAGACCUGGGAGUCACAAGACUGUGAUUAUUCUACACACUGAAUUCAAGAGAAUAAAAAUAAUAAAUCAUAUUUUCUUGAAGAAAUAAAUUACUGAAUGCACGUAGCAUGCAGUUUAAAUCAGGGCUUCGGGUCUUUUUCCUGAUCAAGUCAAAUUGUUUUCUUCCCGAACCUUUAAGUGAGUUUUGGGAUUCUUAAAAUGCAAAUCGGUCCUUUUUAAAGUAAAUAAAUGAAUGAAUUAUUGCCUAGGUACACUGUGUAAAUAACCUGUGCUGUUCUUUAAUCACUGGCUUGGUGUAGGGAUGUCAGGUUAUAACAAACUAUGAAUGGAUUUGGAAGCACUUAUGAGAAUGCACAGCCUUUUGCUGUGGCAGUCGAAUCUUGAUACUGUGCCAAAUCUUUUUAUGGGGUCCUGCUGUAAUACUGGCUAUAGCGGCCCUGUUGUUCUGUAAAUGACAGAUGUCUUGCCAGAUAAACUUCCUCAUAGUUUGAGAAAAAGUUCCUUCGCUGAGUGUGUAAAUACUUAAAUGUGUGGGAGCACUUGCAGUAGGGUUUUUUUUUUUUCUAUUGUGUAUUAUGGAUUUCAUGCACUAUAAAGAUGGCUUUUGAAAUUUUAGACUUUAAGUAAUAUCAGUCUUAAAAUCUCUCUCAGCAAAUGUUUGUACAACCUUAAAUCUUGACAGGUAAAGUCAGCGGAAUUAGAUCUACUGUACUAGGCAAGCCCAUUCACUUUAAACCAGUUUGGGAGCUGAUACAUUUUUCUCACUAGUUUGUACUUAACAUCUUUUAUUAGAAAUUGUAUUAUGCUGUUUGCAAUAUUUUCUUCUUUGUUCAAUUAUUUUUUUCUACUGUCUAAAUAAAAGGACAUAAAUGGAAUCAUUUUCAAUCCACA